AUGUUUUCUGGAGACACGCAUGCGUACAUGUCGUUAAGUACCAGAAAUUGUCCUGUUUCCUUGGCACCUCUUCUCUGCAGUGCACGCUUUCCUCGCCCCUUUCUUGCGGUCGAUGUUAGAAAUAUAGUGUGGAUAUCUAUCUAUCUAUCUAUCUAUCUAUCUAUCUAUCUAUCUAUCUAUCUAUCUAUCUAUCUCGGUCUGUUCUUAUCUAUCUAUCUAUAUAUCUAUCUAUCUAUCUAUCUAUCUAACUCAGUCUUCUCAUAUCUAUCUACUGUUUUACUAAUUCUGCGUUUUUCUAUUUUCACCUUCUCAUCCUACCACUCCUUGUGGUUAACAAGAUCGUCUGCCCGUCUCUCUUUUUCAUUUUGGCUUUCUUUCAGUCAAUUCUCCUCUUCUAAAGUUUCAUUUUAUUCUGUUUCCUCCAUCGAAGUUGACCUUCUUUUAUUAAAGCAACCAAUUUAUUUCUGCUUAUCCGCCAAAUAUUUCUUCUUCUUCUUCUUCUUCUUCUUCUACUCUCCUCCUUAUUCAUCUCCUCCUUCUCCUCCUUCCACUCUCCUCCUCCUUAUUCCUCUCCUCCUCCUACUUAUUUUCUCUCCUCCUCCUCCUUCUCGUCCCUAUCCUCCUCCAGCUCCUCCUCCUCCUUCUUCUUCUUCUUCUUCUUCUUCUACUCUCCUCCUUAUUCAUCUCCUCCUUCUCCUCCUUCCACUCUCCUCCUCCUUAUUCCUCUCCUCUUUCUCCUCCUACUUAUUUUCUCUCCUCCUCCUUCUCGUCCCUAUCCUCCUCCAGCUCCUCCUCCUCCUUCUUCUUCCACUCUCCUCCUUAUUCAUCUCCUCCUUCUCCUCCUUCCACUCUCCUCCUCCUUAUUCCUCUCCUCCUUCUCCUCCUACUUAUUUUCUCUCCUCCUCCUUCUCGUCCCUAUCCUCCUCCAGCUCCUCCUCCUUCUUCUUCUUCUUUCUUUCAUUGCAUAUUCUCUAUUUUCCUUCGUCUUAUCUAUUUCAUUUUAUCCCUCUUUCUUCUUCCUCCCAUUUCAUUUCAUCUUUCUUUACCGUUUUUUCUUUUCUGUCUUCAUCUUAUUUAUUCUGUCUCUCGACAUUUGCUUUUCAUUAUUAUUUUUUCUCAGUCUGCCCAGCAAUAUUAAACAUUUCAAUUCACUCAUUUUAA